AUGUGCCUGAUCGUGGAAGACCCCUUCAAUGUGGAACGAUUCUUAGCUAUUGUCGAUAUUUUCACUGCGUGCCUAACACAGACGAUCGGGAGAGGCAGCACUUCAGACAGCAGUAUGCUGUAGUCGGCAAUCUUCCGUGUUGGUAUAGAGUGGGACAGGGAGGGGGUGAUGCUGCUGUAGUCGAACAGUGGGCCGGACGUGCAGUUCAGUUUUUGGGCACGCGAACGGUGCUGCAGGGAUUUUUAGGUGUACCUCUUCGGGCUCUUGGAUACCUUUUUCUCGUUAUAUGUGUGCGUGUUCUUUAGAUCCU